CGCCGUUAAUAUUUGUCGGCGCAGGUCUUUGAACAAACGAAGCAAAAGAAUUUUUUUCAACUAAACGCCCAAAAAAUUACAAUUUUUUGAUAAUAAAAUUUUAUUUACGCCAAUAUUUAAAAGUUAGAAACAUUCCAAUUGUUAAGAGAAUUCUGCAGUAAAAUAUUGAAAAAGCAAAACGAAUAUGAACUUUUUGGGGUUUGGACAAUCGGCCGAAAUCGAUAUUGUUUUCGAUGGUGCUGAAAACAAAAAAAUGACUGAAGUCAAAGGAGAAGAUGGUAAAAUUGAAAAAAUGUUGCUUUAUUAUGAUGGUGAAACAGUGUCCGGCAAGGUAAAUGUUACACUUAAAAAACCCGGUAGCAAAUUGGAACAUCAAGGUAUUAAAAUUGAAUUCAUCGGUCAGAUAGAACUCUUCUACGAUCGCGGCAAUCAUCAUGAGUUUAAAUGUUUAGCAAAAGCAUUAGCACGACCUGGUGAUCUCAUUCAAUACAGUAGUUAUCCAUUUGAGUUUCCUAACGUAGAAAAACAAUUUGAAAUCUACAAUGGAUCGAAUGUACGUUUACGUUACUUUUUACGUGUCACCAUAGUACGUCGCAUCAGUGAUAUCACAAAGGAAGUAGAUAUUGCUGUUCAUACACUCUGUAGUUAUCCGGAUGUAAAUAAUCCCAUCAAAAUGGAAGUGGGUAUUGAAGAUUGCCUGCAUAUUGAGUUCGAAUACAACAAGAGUAAAUACCAUCUGAAGGAUACGAUCAUUGGUAAAAUAUAUUUCCUGUUGGUGCGCAUUAAAAUUAAACACAUGGAAAUCGCUAUUAUAAAACGCGAGUCAACUGGCAGUGGACCGAACGUGUUUACGGAAAACGAAACUAUUGCCAAAUUCGAAAUAAUGGAUGGAGCACCUGUUAAGGGUGAAAGUAUACCAAUACGUGUAUUUUUGGCCGGCUACAAUCUUACGCCCACAAUGCGGGACAUCAAUAAGAAAUUCUCCGUAAAGUAUUUUCUCAAUUUGGUGUUGAUGGACACAGAGGAUCGUCGUUACUUUAAACAACAGGAAAUAACACUGUGGCGCAAGGCUGAUAUACCACGAUAUCAUGCCCACAAUCAACCACAACAAACAGCUGUUGCGGGUCAUAAUACUCAUCCUCAACAUGCUCCCCCACAUUUGGUUAGUGGCCCUCCAGCUCCUGUUGCAGCACCUCAUUUAACUAACAGCGAUCCGAAUGUAAAUGUCAAUGCAGUAGGAGUUGCUGCGGCGGCAGCAGCAGCAACAACAGCAGCCUCGUUGUCAUCCGAAGGCAAGAUGGGUCUCUUCACAAGAGAAAGUCCUAAUCAGGAAUUCAGUCAACAGUCGCAGGAGUCACUACCUACAUCGCCCAUAACACCGACUGCAAUGCCAAUCGAACGUGGUAUGGGAGAUGGUGCAGCUGCAAUUAGCACUUCACCAGUUAUGCUUUCAACAACGCCACCGCCUCUGCCAGCAGCGACAGCAGUCAAUGCUGCGGUGAAUGAUAACAAACAAGAAGUUGCCGAUGAUUUCCUAGAACCAACCACAGAGGUUCCCCUCAACGAUGAUGAUGAAGAGGAUGGUAACAACGUUCAUAAUGAUACAGAUGAUAAACCUCAAGUUGUGCCAGUAGCUUCAAGUGAUUUCUUAGAUAGUGAUGAUGCCGUUACAAGUGGAGCCUGAUGUUAUGGCCCCAAUUGAGUCAUUCUCUAUAUACGAUUACAUCAACAAUCAGAGUCGUAUAAUUAUUGUAUCAAGUGCUUAACUUAAAAAGUGAAAGUAUAACGAAACCCGACAUUUAUACAGAGAAAAUAGACAUCCACACACACACACACAACAUCUUAAUAAACACAUCCUGACACUCAAUAUUAUUAUUAAGGGCUUCUUUAAACAAAACGAACAACUAAAAUAAAAACAAUAUUAACAUUCUAAAGGCAAACAAACAUUUGCCAUUUUUUAACAUAAACUUUUGGAUUUGUCUGUCCAAAGUGGAGAAAACAUAAACUAAAUAUCGAGAAACUAUUUAUUUUAAAAGGUCCAUAGAUUGUAAAAAGUAUUAAAAUAUUUUGUUGUUAUUUUGUAGACAAAACUUAACGAUAAAUUCAAAACUUGUACACAAACAUACAAAACAAAAAAAAAAAAUACAUAUUAAUACUAAAUUAAAAUUCUUUAAAUUAUUUAGACAAUUAACUUUUAAUAGCAACUAACAAAAAUACAAAUUUGAGCCCUUUAGUAUAACUCACCAACACAGUCCACAGUUCUCCCUCUAGCUGUUUUACUCCCCAAUUAACUUAAAGUGAUUACGAGAUGUAGUAAAAAAAGU